AUGAUAAAAAUUAUUAUAAAUUUGAUCGUUGUAAUUAUUAUAAAUAAUUUAUUAUCUAUUUCUGAUGAAUAUAACAUUCGUGAGAAUUCACUUAUUGAUGGAAAUAAUAUUUAUCAAAAAGAUGAUAAUUUAUUAAUUAUUAAAAGAGAUAAAAAAAGUUCAAAAUCAAAAAAAAAAUCAACAACAAAGAAGAAACCUAAGACUACUACUACUGAGCCAAUUACCUAUGAUUAUUAUGAUGAUGAUUCUGAUGAAGAAGAUUAUGCAUAUUACUCUUCAAUUGAUCAUUAUGAGAAAUAUAAUAAAAAAGCUGGAAUAAUGCAUAAGUGUCACAUAGAAGCAGUAAAAGAAAGAAUUAGAAUAGAAAAAGAAGAAAAAGAAGGUUCAAAAAAUAAAACUACGACAAAUAAACCUAAAGAAUCAUCAAGUUCUGAAGAGAUUAUUGAUUCUUUUGAUUCUAGUUUGACAUCAAUUGAAAACGAUUAUUUAGAUGACAUAUUGAAAAAUAAUAAAUACAAAUUUGGUUAUAAACUUACUAUAUUAAAUCUUAGGUUUAAUUUUCACCUUUUUAAAGUACGAUAUGAAUAUAAUGUAACUCAUGGUUUGCCUUUAUCAACUUUUAUAGAUACGUUGUAG